AUGCUGUCAUGAGCAGUAUCAAAUUUCAUUUUGGGAAAGCCUCAACCCAAACCUGACAAGGUGUUACCCUUAUUUUCAUUUCUAGAAAGAGUCAUCUUGGUGAUUCAUGAUGUAGACGCUCUUACAGAUGCAACCUGGGGAUGUUCCUGUCUUACAGAUAUAGAUGGAAGUUUACCAAUUUUCCAAAAUGAAUUACUCCUUCCCUAAACUCGCUAACUUUUGGCUACAUCAUUAUAAUUCCUUAUUUCAUUAAAAAAUAGUAAAAUCAAUUAUAUAAAUCACUCUAUAUAUCUCUGAAUAGUACAUUUUUAGAAAAAAUAAUUCAGCAGCUCUCCAGUUAUAAUGCUUCUUUACAAAUUUCUUCCCUCCAGACACUUGGCAGUAUUUCAUCAGACUUGGAUUUUUAG